AUGGGUACCAAACGCUCCUGGGAAGGCCAGCCACUCGAGCUCAAUCCUCAAGAUACAAUCAUGGCAGAAGCAGAAACAAAGUCAGCUCCUUCAAUCCUGUCAAUCUUUGAGAACUUCCGCGACGAGCUAGACGAGCACCAUGAUCGCCGCGAGCGUAUCAUCAAGAAAAGCCGCGACAUUACCGCCCUGAGCAAGAAGAUUAUCUUUGCCCUCCAACGAGUCCGCACAACGAACCAACCCCUCCCUCCCAAAAUCGCCCAAGAAAACCAAACCCGCUUCGACCAAAUCCACGCGCUGUUCGAAGGGGUCGUCCCCGAACAACUAGGCAUCAAUGGCUGGCGAUACCAACGCCAAAUCAGUGCAGGAAUCCAAGAAUUCAUCGAAGCCGUCUCCUUCGACCACUACCUACGCACGCAAACGCUAAUCACCCACGCCGAGUGCUCCGCCCGUGUCCCACCCGGAAUCUUCGUUUCAGAAGAAGACUACCUAAUGGGGCUGUACGACCUCACCGGAGAGAUGAUGCGCUUCGCAGUUCUAUCACUGAGCUCCGGAAACGCAACUGCCACCAAUGCGACCGAGAAUACAGCAAGCGACAGCGAGAAAUCGACGGUCGCUUCGUCGCAGGGUGGUAUUGUGGUUGAUCUACGUGCUAUUCGCGCAGGCUUUGAGGCGCUCACUUUACCACAGCGGCAUUACAUGUUCCGGGAUAUGGCGAAGAAGCAGGACGUGAUGCAGAACAGUGUGGAGAAGGUUGAGCGGGCGGCGUAUGGGAUUGUCGUUCGUGGGAGUGAGAGACCAAGUGGGUGGACGCCUGAUCUGUCGGGCGCAGUCGAGGUACCAUCCUACUAG